UUUGUGGCGUGCCCUUCAAGUGAUCAAUUUAUAUAAGUGUUCUGUAGUGAUCAAUAUCAAAAUUAUGAGCAAAAGGAAAAUUGCAGCUAUAGUGGCAUUAGCCUUUGAUUCAUUUUUUGAUGAUGAUGAUGAAGUGGAGGAGGAAAUAACAUGUGUUACGUUAUCUUCGAGAAUGAUUGAGAAGCCUGUAGCUAAGCGCAGAAGGAUCUGCAUUCAAAAUUAUGAAGAAGUUGUUCUACAUUAUUCUCCAUCAGAAUUCCAAGGUCAUUUUCGAUCAGAAAGGAGGACAGUUCAGGAUAUUCUGGAAAAAAUUGGGGAAAAAGUAUAUAGGGCAACUUCACUAGGUGGUAGACCAUCCUGUCCCCAAAAACAGCUACUGCUAACAAUAUGGAUGCUAGCUUAUCAAGAAGUCUAUAGGUAA